CUAUCUGUAUAACAGAGCAUUCUGUCCCAGUGGCUGCACAGAUCCUCUCUGAUCCCCAGUGAAAGCAGUCGUGCAUCAGAGAGCUCUCAGAGAACCAGAGGAAUGGAGAGUGUCAGCCCAGGCCAUGCAAGGCCUGGGCGGGCAAACCCCCAGCGUGAGGCCCAGGCCUUGGGGCCUACACUGGAAGGUGUGAGAUCCACCAGGAAGGUGCAGACAAGGAGUAAAGCAGCAGGGAGUGAAAGGAAAGGAGCAGCAAGAAGGUCGAGAUCGGUUUCCUUGGGAAGGAUUUCUUCCACAGACAUGGAGGAUUUGGGAAAGGCAGCUGCCAGUGCUGUGAAAACGCCUGACAGGGAAGUAAAGUGUGUGAUGAGUGAGAGGGAGGGAAGGAAGGAGAUUGUUGGUAAAGAAAGACAAAUGGAAAGUAAAGCAGAAAUUGUAUCUGUGACAAACAUGGAGGGUUGUGUGCAAAAUGUCAGUUCUGAUAUUUGUGUCUUAAAACAUAAAAUGGAAACCAGUCAGCAUUUUAUUUCUCCUGAUCUCUUUGCCUCUAUGAAAUCUGUGUCAGGGGAAGACUGUGAGUUUGCGGGUGGAGAGGCAGCACAGAGCAAACCCAGCAAACAAUCAGGGGCUGAAUAUGCAGCAGCUGCUUUGCACCAUGCGGCCGACAUGCAGUCUCCAGUGGCUGAUUGUGGGGGAGGAAUGGCUGCUUCUAAAACUUCCCCUGAGAGGCAUCAAGCACCCCAUGCUCUGGUAACAAAAACUGCCUCAUGUGCGGGGGUGCGGGUGGUGUCUGGAGCUGGUGUGGAGUCAGGGGAGGCAGUAGGAACAAACUCCAGCAGCCAUAUUGCUACUCCCUCUGUAGAGAUGUAUAAGAGUCUCACAGGGAACAGCCAUCUUGGUACUCCCACAUCAGAGGGAAACAAUUGUUCUGAUAUAAAUGAACAACCCCAAGCAGAAAGCCUCUUAAAGGGACAGUAUGCUGGUUCAAGUCACAACCAGGAUCAAACACCUACCACUGAUGAACUGGUUGAAUUAAUAAAACUGGCAAAUGAGCAGGAGCUGCAGCGAAAAAAAUUUAAAGUUGAGUUGCAAAAAGCAUUUUAUAACUAUUCCACUGCUGAUGUGGAGAAGCAAGACUUUUAUUUAGCAAAAGUCAACAAAAUAAAUGAAGAGUUCAGAACCUUGGAAAAACAGAUUUUGCAGAAUUAUAAAAAAAUUGGUCCCCUUUCUGAAGUCUAUACAAACAGGAGAAGGUUUGAGGACUCUCGGCAAGCUCUUAAACAGCCGGCUAAAUACAGGUCCAUGAGGCAAAUUGCAUCUGCUUCAUCUACUUCUGAUAGUGACAAGGAGACUAGAAGGAUUGGCCAACUGAAACCAAAGAAAUCAGUUGUUGCUCAGAUACAUGCACCCAAUUUUAUCUUCAGCUUGGAUGAGGCAAAUAAUAUAGAAGAUAAAAUGGGAAAGAGAAGCCAAUCUGCUCAUAAGGAAGAGGAAAGCUUUGUUUUCUCGGAACAGGAUUUUCCCUCCCUUCCCUCUACUUCCCAGAAUGACUGUGCCCAUCAGCCCUCAGCAUCCAAGGAGACCUUCACUCAACCAUCAGCCAAUAAUACAGAGACUUCUGCAGUUGUGCAGAGUGCCCCAAUGUCCUUGGCACUGGGGCAUGGGAAGCUGAGUGAGCAGGAAUUGACGGCAGCUGCUGGUGUGGGAGAGUCUGGGAAGGAUGGAGUGGAUGGAGUGGAGGCUGGAGCAGACUGUGUGAAUGCAAGUGAUGUUAUGGAGUGUGGAGGUGGAGACAUCAGUGAAAGUGUUGCAAGGCAGUGUGUGGAAUCUGUGCUGAGUGAUGUUAAUAAAGUAAACAAAGAUGCUAAUUCAUUGGCCGAUGUGAUACAACCUGUUCCUUGUACCACCCCUUUAAGUACUGCCGCUUUAAUUUCUAUUUCAUCUUCUUCUGCUGUACUCACCACUUCUUCUAUAGCCUCAACCUUUUCCCCAGCCCUUACAGUUUCUCCAAUAACAACUUCCCCUUUAACUACUCCAGCUGUUUCUCAGAAUCCUCUGCCUACAGUGCCCUCCGCACAGCCAAGUUCUGUCUCUGCACCUGUUUCUUCCUCUGUAAGGAGACCAAAUGGUCAGCAGUCAAUUCCUUCAGAAAGUGCAGGCAGCAGAAAUGUGCCCCCACCACCUCCACCAAACGCUUGGAAUAGGCCACUGAAUAGGGUGAGGGUGCCUGGGGUGCAAAACAAUAUCACUGGGCCGGUUUUCAAGCAAAAGAAUGUGAUUAGACUCAGGUGGCAGGGUGAUAAGGAACAAAUGCCUUCUAGAGAUGUGAUAGCCAAGGAGAUGCUGCUUAAGCAAAGUACUUUAACACCUGUAGGCGUCAGGGCUUAUAUAAAGUUUUCUGACACCGAAUAUGACAUUGUGUUCAAAACAUCACAAGCCCUGGAAUUUUUUUGGCAGGAUUAUGACAGCUUUAAACAUUCAGGCCUGUGGGAAAGCUUUAGAGUCAUCUCAAUCACUAAACCUGAGACAAAGAAAGUCACCAUUUUGUUUAAGAAUGAUUGUGUCCCACCUGAGGAUAUUCUAAUAUGGCUUAGACGUCAUUGUAAGGUGCUUACCCCUUUGAAGAAAGACAUUGAUAAUAAUGGAUAUUGGUCAGGUGGGUGGUGUACUAAUGUGGAAUUGUACAUGAGGUAUAAUGUGCCGCAGCAUCUUCCAAACUCUGUCUUCAUUGGUAGUGAGCGAGGGGUGGUUUUUUAUCCGGGUCAGCCAAGGGCCUGUUUCAAAUGUAGUUCUUACCGACAUCGGGCAAGUGCCUGUGCAGUGGUCAAGUGUUCACUAUGUGGUGAUGUAGGACACACCGGGAAAGAUUGCAAUGAUGUGAAAUGUAACUUGUGUGGAAGCUAUGGCCACUCACAUAGGGCUUGUCCAGAGGCUCUUCAUAACAUAAUGGAGAGUUGCCCUCAGUUAGAGGAAGAGAUGGCAAAGGAUUUGUUGGAAGAGAUAAGGGAUGAGAUGGAUUAUUUCCAGUCUGAUUCACAACCAUCGGUCAUUCCCCCUUCUCAGCCUCAUGAUACGGUAAAAGAUCAGUCAGCUGUGGCAAGAGAUGCAGGAGAUUCUGUUCCCCUUACUGUUUCCUCUUUGUCUCAGGGAGCAAAAAAUGAGUUGCCAGUUUCUAUAACAGAGGCCCCCAUCAUUCAGCCUUUGGGAAUACAGCCUCUUCCCCAGAGGCAGAAACCUCUUGCACAGUCUGGAAAGGGAAAUUGUGAACCAGCAGAUAAGGCAAUUCCACCAGUAAGACUAAGUUUAUUUCAACAAAUGUUGCAAGCAUUAAAGUGGCCAGUACAAGAUAUCAAGCCUUUGAAGCCUUAAGCCACACCUCAGCUGACAUCAUCUUCUUGCAAGAGACCAGACUGACCACCACUGCAGAUAUCAAGAAAGCAUCAAAAGAUUGGCUUUGGGGUCCAGCUUUUUUUUCAAUUGCUGCAGAACCUGGGGGUGGUGUUGGUAUUUUGUUUAAAGGCUUUUCUGGAAUAUUUGUGCACCGCCUUAUAGAGGUGGAAGUAGGCAGGUGUCUUCUAUUAGACGUCUCUGUUGCAGGACGCAGACUGAGACUUAUUAAUGUUUAUGGGCCUCAGUCUGGGCAUGGGAGAAAAAACCUUUUGAGGGAAAUUCAGCCAUAUCUCCAUACCUCCACUUCAGUCAUCAUGGCUGGUGACUUCAACCAGGUCCUUAGAGCAGAAGAUAGAUCAAGGCUUUCCUUUGACAAAUAUGAAAGUAAUUUUCUUAAAAACAUACUUGAGCAAGCAGACUUGGUUGAUGUCUUUACCCAUGGUGGCCGGAUGUCAAAGCAUACUUACCAUUGUGCAGGUCGAAGCAGCAGGAUUGACAUGGCUUUUGUUCGAAAGGAGGAGAUCUUUACUCAGACUGAGGAAAUCUUGGUUGAUUACUCUGACCACCUUGCCUUAUCUUUUUUGCUGGGUGUCUCCUCAGUUCCAACCAAAGGUAGGGGGUUAUGGAGAUUGAGUUCAGAUACCCUGGAGAGCGAGUCAGUGCAGCACUCCUUUGAGGCACUCCUUCAGUGUGAGUUAACAAAGAUUGUGUUUUUCGACUCAAUGUCGCAGUGGUGGGAGGAGGCCAAGAAGUCAUUCCGCACCUUCUUCCGCAGACUAUCUGUUAUAAGGGAGGGAAACAAGUAUAAAAAGUACCUUGCCCUACGAAGAAAGCUUGAAUCCUUAAUUUCGGACAGGGUGGUUGGGGAGAAAGUUUCCAGACUAAAGCUUCAGAUCAAACGGCAUCAGUAUAGUCGUUACAGGUCCUUGGUUCUGGAGAGGGAUUAUGGGGGAUUUCAUUGCCCGGAUCCCUUUCGGAAUUGCAGGGAAGCUGUGACGAGGAAGUUGAUUGUUGGUUUGAAGGACUCUCGGGGUAUAGUUCAGAAAUCUAAGGGUGGGAUCCUGCGAGUUGUUCAAACCUACUAUGCUAGUUUGUUCGGAAGUAAGGUUUUGGAUAGGGGAAGGAUGAAAGCUUUUCUGGAGGGAACCCCAGGUCCAGACCUGAAAAAUUUGGACUUUUCACCCUUGAUUGAGGACAUCACAGAGGAAGAGGUCAAAAAGGCAAUUGAGCAGCUAAAAUUAAAGAAAGCCCCAGGUCCAGAUGGCCUAACAGCUGAAUUCUAUAGAACUUUUAAGAACCUUUUGACCCCGAUUCUUGUGGAGGUCUUUAAAGACUGCCUGGGAAGAGGCAUUUUGCCUCCCUCCAUGAGAAUCUCCUCUUUGGUGUUAUUAUCCAAGGGCAAGGAUCCUACAGAUGUCAAGAACUGGAGGCCAAUUGCCCUCUUGAACACCGAUAGGAAGCUUUUGGCAAAGGUUUUUUUUUUCUAGGCUUGUUUUAUUUUCAGGCACCUUAUUGUCCCGUGAGCAGUUCUGCACGGUGAAAGGGCGGAACAUCUUUGGGGCAGUCUUGUCUGUACGAGAAGUGCUCGAAACAUGUAAAGCCCAAAAUAAGGGGAAGUAUGUGGUAGGUCUUGACCAAGCUAAGGCUUUUGAUAGGGUGGAUCAUGAUUAUCUGUGGGCGACCUUGCGUAAGUAUGGCAUCCCGGACCAAUUUGUUGAUUGGCUUUCUGUUUUGUAUAAGGAGGGGGAAAGCUUCCCACUUGUCAAUGGGUGGUGUGGUGAAACCUUCGGGGUUGAGGCUGGGGUACGCCAGGGUUGCCCUCUUAGUCCACUGCUAUAUGUCUUUGCGAUUGACCCAUUUCUUCGUGGAGUUCAGGCUUUGGAUUUGGAGGGCUUCCAGGUCCCCUGUUACCUGCCCCUGAAGUCGGUAGCCUACGCGGACGAUGUCUCGGUUGUCAUCUCCCGUCCUGAAGAAGUUGGGAUGUUGGCCGGGGUUAUCGAAAGUUACUCAGAGGCCUCAGGCUCUCUGGUCAACGCUGAUAAGUCGGAAGCUUUCUGGACCUUGGAUGGUGAGCCGGAUUUUCCGCUCCCUGAUUUCCAGCAUGCCUCCGGUGAAAUAAAGAUUCUAGGGGUCAAAUUCGGGAGGGGUGAUAAUGCCAGGUUAAAUUGGGAGUCAAAACUGGAUGCUGUCGACUUAAGGAUACAGCGAUGGAAAAACUGGAAGCUGUCCUAUAGAGAAAGAGUGAAGCUCAUCAAAGCUUACCUGGUUCCUAUCCUCCUGUAUGUGUCUUAUGUUUACCCCUUGCCAAAAGCUUUCUAUGUAAGGAUCCACAGCUUGUUCUUUCAGCUCCUUUGGGGGAACAAACUGAAUCAUGUCAAAAGAGGGAUCACUUACCUGCGGACUAAAGAGGGUGGGCUGGGCAUGUUAUGUCCUGUGGCCUUCUUUGGCACAAUUUUCUUGAAAUUUAAUUUUGGGAAUCUGGGCCAAAGAACUGAUGUUCCGUGGGAAAACAGUGUCAGGGCCUGGGCAUCCCCUUUUAUAGGGCAAUGGUUACAAGGCGAUAGGGUGAAGUUGGUGCGGGUGCGACAUGGUCAACUCCCACUGCACUUUGUUGCCGCACUGAAGCUUUUAAGAGUUUGGGACAUUAGGAUAGGCGAACUUGGCACAGCCUCCAGACGUGAUCUUUAUAAGAGGGUGUUGAGUGUCUAUUUUGCUGUUCCAAUGGCCUUAAAGGACUGUGUAGGGGGAACUCUUGUGGAGAGCCUGCGUUACCUAAACAGUAAGAGAUUACCCCCAAAGUUUUUUGAUCUGGCAUGGCUCUCUCUUCAAGGAAGGCUCUUUGUUAGGGGGAAUGUGAAAUACCUGUCUGCAGUAGAUAAAAAUUGUCCCUGGGG